UGACCGAGGCAGGGUCUGCCGGGUUCAUUUCGCCGCUCCUCCACCCGGCUGCUCUUUUUGGAUCUCACUGCAAUGGCGGAACAGCAGCAGUUCUACCUCUUGCUGGGUAACUUGAUGAGCCCUGACAACAACGUCAGGAAACAGGCAGAGGAGACCUACGACAAUAUUCCAGGCCAGAAUAAGGUCACAUUCUUGCUACAAGCUGUCAGAGAUGCGUCUGCUGCAGAGGAGGUCAAACAGAUGGCAGCAGUGCUGCUGCGGCGGCUCCUGUCUUCCUCUUUUGAGGAGAUCUACCCAGGCCUGACCCUGGAGAUGCAGACAGCCAUCAAGACAGAGCUGCUGACGGGCAUCCAACAAGAGACCUCCCCAACCAUCCGCAAGAAGAUCUGCGACAUUGCAGCCGAGCUGUCCCGGAACUUGAUCGACGACGAUGGGAAUAACCAGUGGCCAGAGGUGCUCAAGUUUCUGUUCGAUUCUGUCAAUGCUGAGAAUGUCGGACUCCGAGAAGCUGCCUUGCACAUAUUCUGGAACUUUCCAGGAAUCUUUGGCAACCAGCAGCAGCAUUAUAUGGAGGUUAUCAAGCGCAUGCUUGUUCAGUGCAUGCAGGACCAGGCAAACCCACAGAUUCGUACCCUGGCAGCUCGUGCUGCAGCAUCUUUUGUUCUGUCCAAUGAAAGCAACACAGCUCUGCUGAAACACUUUGCUGAUCUCCUGCCGGGAAUCCUGCAGGCUGUGAAUGAGUCAUGCUACCAGGGAGAUGACUCUGUGCUCAAGUCUCUGGUGGAAAUUGCAGACACGGCACCCAAAUACUUGAGACCCAACUUGGAGGAAACACUGCAGCUCUGUCUGAGGCUGUGCGCUGAUACCAACCUUACAAAUAUGCAACGGCAGCUGGCAUUGGAAGUCAUCGUCACGUUAUCAGAGACGGCAGCGGCCAUGCUAAGAAAACACACGGCCAUUGUAGCACAGAGUGUGCCUCAGAUGCUGGCUAUGAUGGUGGAUCUCGAGGAUGAUGAUGAGUGGGCGAUGGCUGAUGAGCUGGAAGAUGAAGACUUUGACAGUAACGCUGUGGCUGGGGAGAGCGCGCUCGAUCGAAUUGCCUGUGGUCUGGGAGGAAAGAUCAUUCUUCCCAUGAUCAAACAGCAUAUCAUGCAGAUGCUGCAGAAUCCUGACUGGAAGUAUCGCCAUGCUGGGCUAAUGGCGCUGUCGGCCAUCGGUGAGGGUUGCCACCAGCAGAUGGAGGCCAUCCUCCAAGAGAUCGUCAGCUUUGUCCUCCUGUUCUGCGCCGACCCUCACCCAAGAGUGCGGUAUGCUGCCUGCAAUGCUAUUGGACAAAUGGCCACAGACUUUGCCCCCACCUUCCAAAAGAAAUUCCAUGAUAAGGUGAUCUCAGCCCUGCUGCAGACCAUGGAGGACCAGAGUAACCCUCGGGUGCAGGCCCAUGCUGCCGCCGCCCUCAUAAACUUUACAGAGGACUGUCCUAAAUCGCUGCUCAUCCUUUAUCUGGACAACUUGGUGCAGCACCUUCAUGUCAUCAUGGUUGCCAAGCUGCAGGAGCUGAUCCAGAAGGGCACGAAGCUGGUGCUGGAGCAGGUGGUGACAUCCAUCGCCUCAGUGGCCGACACCGCAGAGGAGAAGUUUGUGCCAUAUUACGACAUGUUCAUGCCCUCGCUCAAACACAUUGUAGAAAACGCCGUGCAGAAGGAGCUCCGGCUGCUGCGCGGCAAGACCAUAGAGUGCAUCAGUCUCAUCGGCCUGGCUGUCGGCAAGGAGAAGUUCAUGCCAGAUGCAUCGGCUGUCAUGCAACUGCUCCUCAAGACCCAGACUGACUUCAACGAUCUGGAGGAUGAUGAUCCCCAGAUCUCCUACAUGAUCUCAGCCUGGGCGAGAAUGUGCAAGAUUCUGGGGAAGGAGUUUCAGCAGUAUCUGCCGGUGGUGAUGGGCCCCCUGAUGAAGACUGCCUCUAUCAAGCCUGAGGUGGCCCUGCUUGACACCCAGGACAUGGAGAACAUAUCAGAGGAUGAUGGCUGGGAGUUUGUCAACCUGGGAGACCAGCAGAGUUUUGGAAUCAAGACAGCCGGCCUGGAGGAGAAGGCUACUGCCUGUCAGAUGCUGGUGUGUUAUGCCAAAGAGCUGAAGGAAGGUUUUGUUGAGUACACCGAGCAGGUGGUGAAGCUCAUGGUUCCUCUGCUCAAGUUCUACUUUCAUGAUGGUGUGCGGGUGGCAGCAGCUGAGUCCAUGCCCCUGCUGCUGGAGUGUGCCCGGGUUCGAGGACCAGAAUACCUCACCCAGAUGUGGCACUUCAUGUGCGACGCCCUCAUCAAGGCCAUCGGCACAGAGCCAGACUCGGAUGUCCUGUCAGAAAUCAUGCAUUCGUUUGCCAAGUGCAUAGAGCUGAUGGGAGACGGCUGUCUGAACAGCGAGCAUUUCGAGGAGCUGGGCGGCAUCCUGAAGGGGAAGCUGGAGGAGCACUUUAAGAACCAGGAGCUCAGGCAGGCUAAGAGACAGGAUGAAGAUUAUGAUGAGCAGGUAGAGGAAACACUACAAGAUGAGGAUGAGAACGAUGUGUACAUUCUGACCAAAGUAUCUGACAUCCUGCACUCGGUGUUCAGCAGUUACAAAGAGAAGGUGCUGCCUUGGUUUGAGCAGCUGCUGCAGCUCAUUGUCCAGCUAAUAUGUCCUAACAGGCCCUGGGCUGACAGACAGUGGGGUCUGUGCAUCUUUGACGAUGUGGUGGAGCACUGCAGCCCCUCCUCGUUCAAAUACGCAGAAUAUUUCUUGCGGCCGAUGAUCCAGUCACUCUGCGACACGAGCCCCGAGGUCCGGCAGGCAGCUGCCUACGGCGUCGGCGUCAUGGCUCAGUUCGGAGGCGAGAACUACCGCCCCUUCUGCACAGAGGCCCUCCCCCUGCUGGUCAGAGUCAUCCAGGCAGCUGACUCGCGCUCAAAGGAAAACGUCAACGCUACAGAGAACUGCAUCUCUGCUGUGGGAAAGCUCAUGAGGUUCCGACCAGAGUGCGUCAACGUUAACGAGGUCCUUCCCCACUGGCUCAGCUGGCUACCGCUCAAAGAGGACAAAGAGGAGGCGGUCCACACUUUUGACUUCCUCUGUGACCUCAUUGAGAGCAACAACCCGAUUGUCCUCGGACCAGAGAACGCAAAUCUUCCUAAAAUUUUCUUCAUCAUAGCUGACGGAGUCGCAAAUGAAUCUAUCAAGAGCGAAGACGCGUGCAGCAAGCGGCUUGCUAACGUGAUCCGUCAAGUGCAGACCUCAGCAGGAUUGUGGACACAGUGCAUAUCGACACUCAACGAGACGCAGCAGAAAGCCAUACAGGACCUCCUGAGUACUGCCUGAGCCUGAACCCUGCCUCCGUCACCUCCCUUCUCUUUAAAAAUUAAAAAUCAAGCCCAUUAAGAAAAGUUGAACUCCUGAACCUCCUCCAAACACUCCCUCUUCUUCCUCCUGCUCUGAUCUGUAGUGCAUAUGGAUGCUGGCUUCACCCCAUCCCCAGCCACAACCCCCUACCAACUACAUAACUCCACCUACAUUCAACUGACUUGGAGCAGGUUGGAUAUGAAUGACGAAGGAGGACUCUGGCCAUCUGCUUUAAAGACUUUUUACCUGUAUUGACGGGAGUGGGAUAAGAGUAAAAGGUUUUGUCUCAUCACCGUUAAACGUCUUCUACUCAGAUGUUUUUGUUUUCAACCAUUCCCUGACAUGUGACCGGUCUCGUCGCGCCCAGACUCAAUCACCAAGUCGCCCUACACAAACUCAUCGGACAGUCGGGCUCAGGAGGAGCUACAGUGGGGGGGACGUGGGGACAGGACAAUUCUAGUGGACUGAGCAACUGAACGAGGUGGAAAUGCACACUGGGCAAUCACUGCCUGUCUCCUGUGAAAUUAAUAUUAAUUUUUUUUUUUGUAUUUUUAUUUUUAUUCUUUUCUCGUUACAUCACCCCAGCAUUUCCUGGGGGGAAAUGUCCUCUGACUACUGCAGCUCAGAGCUUUCAAAAGUAAUGGCAUGUUUAAGUGGCUAACCCUAGAAAAUAUUCAUCGUUAGGAAAUUUACGUCAUCGUUGUCUGGGAGAGUUGAUAUCGACUUGAGCGAAUUCCUCCAUAGCCUUCCAGACAGCUGUUCACAGGAAGUGAAGCAUUUGAACGGUUAAUGGCCCUUUUUAGGUAGCAGCAUAAUGACUCGGGGCUCUCUAAGAAGUUGGUCACAGCCGUAAAGCCUGUGGCGCGUUGGUGAAAUAUGAAGUGUAGAAUGAAAUGUAUUUGUUUAAGUACUACCUUACUCUUAACUUUACAGUUCUGACCCUUUGCAGUCCUGCAGGUAUGUGAUGGAAAUCCAGAAACUACCAAGAAUAAAACUACAUUUGAGAAUUCUGAAAAA